UGGGCUCUGUGCACCCUGGUCUUUUGCUUCAGCCCCUGAAAACACCCCGUUAACACUCCAAAGAGGCUGAUGGUGGGGAGUCAGAGCCCAGGAGGCUGCCUUCCCUCCCCCAUCAUCUUGGCUAAGCCAAGCGCAGGCCUCUUAAAGAACAGGAGGUUUUCUUCAAGCAUCGAUUUACUCGAGUAUCCUGAGGUGAAAACGCAUCACUCUUACAUUUUCAAAGUCUCUGUGUGUAGUGUGUGUGUGGAUGUGUGUAAAAUGACAAAAUACACAAUAUCAAAGAAACCUCUGUUGCUCUGUGUAGCUUUGCCACACACUUCAGGUCCCUCCUGUAAUUUGGGACAUUUGGGAGGAAAAAUGAAAGAAACCCUGAUAUAAUGGAAAGCAUUUGGGCAUGAGGGUCAGCCAAACCCAAGUUCAAAUAUAACUUCGGCCGCAAACUAGUUAUGUAAACAUGAGCGAACUAGCCUCUCUGAGCUUCAGUUUCCUCUUCUAUAAAACAGGAAACCAAUAUCGGGAGAAGGGAGCAAGGUGCAGUGAAUGAAGUGUGGUCUGCAGAGCCCUCGGACACGGGUUCGAAUGCUGUUCCCACUGCUCCGACUAUGUGACUUUGGUGCAAACCUGCUUGAAGAAUUCGGUUUCUCUUCUGGGAGCCCAGAUGUCACUGGGCCAUAAGUCCUGCUGCUCCAGAGGACAAUGGUGUGAUGAUGAGUGUGUCACCCCAAGACCCCUCCAAAGUAUAUCCUGGGCCCAUGACUCAGCUCAUCCAAAUAUAUACUCAAGAUCUGAUGACAGUGUCCAGCUACUUGUAUGCGAGGUGACCACCAUGAUCCCCUGGGUGUUCUUGGCCUGUGCGCUCCCCUGUGCAGCCGACCCUCUGCUUGGUGCCUUCGUCCGCAGGGAUUUCCAGAAGGGCUCCCCUCAACUUGUCUGCAGCCUACCUGGCCCCCAGGGCCCACCCGGCCCCCCAGGAGCCCCAGGGCCCUCGGGAAUGGUGGGAAGGAUGGGCUUUCCCGGCAAAGAUGGCCAGGAUGGCCAGGAUGGGGACCGGGGGGACAGCGGAGAGGAAGGUCCACCGGGCCGAACAGGUAACCGAGGAAAGCCAGGACCAAAGGGCAAAGCCGGGGCCAUCGGGCAGGCUGGCCCUCGUGGCCCCAAAGGGGUGAGUGGUGCCCCAGGGAAGCAUGGCACACCGGGCAAGAAGGGGCCCAAGGGCAAGAAGGGGGAGCCCGGCCUCCCGGGCCCCUGCAGCUGCGGCAGUGGCCACGCCAAGUCAGCCUUCUCCGUGGCGGUGACCAAGAGCUACCCCCGGGAGCGGCUGCCCAUCAAGUUCGACAAGAUCCUGAUGAACGAGGGCGGUCACUACAACGCAUCCAGCGGCAAGUUCGUCUGCAGCGUGCCCGGCAUCUACUACUUCACCUACGACAUCACGUUGGCCAACAAGCACCUGGCCAUCGGCCUGGUGCACAACGGCCAGUACCGCAUCCGGACCUUCGACGCCAACACGGGCAACCACGACGUGGCCUCGGGCUCCACCAUCCUGGCUCUCAAGCAAGGUGACGAGGUCUGGCUGCAGAUCUUCUACUCGGAGCAGAACGGGCUCUUCUACGACCCUUACUGGACCGACAGCCUCUUCACAGGCUUUCUCAUCUACGCCGACCAGGGCGACCCCAAUGAGGUGUAGACAGGCCGCACUGGGUCUCCAGGGGCAGAACCCACUCCUGGACUUGGGCCUGCAGGGCGAGACCCCUAAGCUGUCUGCUGGGGCUGGGGGUCAGGAGCUUCUGGACUCAGGCCAACCUCCUCUGCCCCCUUUCCCUCCAUCAUUAAAUCCAAGCUUUUUUUAAUUCA